AUGCCCGCCGAGCUUCACGGCGUCAAGUCCGCCGAUGUCCACAAGCAGGUCAAGCAGCUCAUCCACGAGCUGGUGAACAUCAAGGACACGACGGGCGAGUUCCUCAUGACGCUGGCCGACGGCCGCAUCAUCGACACCAAGGGCUGGAACGACUGGGAGUGGACACACGGCAUCGGCCUGUACGGCAUCUGGAAGUACUACGAGCUGACGGGCGACGACGAGUGCCUCAAGACCAUCGAGGACUGGUUCCGCAACCGCUUCGACGAGGGCCACAAGGGCAAGAACAUCAACACCAUGGCCGUCUUCCUGACGCUCGCCUACGUCUACGAGAAGACGGGCAACGAGACGUACCGCCCCUGGCUCGAGAGCUGGGCCGAGUGGGCCUACCACGACCUGCCGCGCACAAAGUACGGCGGCAUGCAGCACAUCACCUACCUCGAGGUCAACGACCAGCAGCUGUGGGACGACACGCUGAUGAUGACCGUCAUGCCGCUCGCCAAGAUCGGCCUCGUGCUCAACCGCCCGCACUACGUCGAGGAGGCCAAGAAGCAGUUCCUCAUCCACCUGCAGUACCUCUUCGACGCGCCGACGGGGCUCUUCUUCCACGGCUGGACCUUCCAUGAGGGCGGCCACAACUUUGCGCGCGCCCGCUGGGCCCGCGGCAACAGCUGGGUGACCAUCGUCAUCCCCGAGUUCAUCGAGCUGCUCGACCUCGGCCGCGACGAAGCGCUGCGCGCGCACCUCGUCAACACGCUCGACGCGCAGGUCAACGCGCUCGUGCCGCUGCAGGCGGAGAGCGGGCUGUGGAGGACGCUGCUCGACGUGCCCGAGGCGGAGGGCUCGUACGUCGAGGCCAGCGCCACGGCCGGGUUCGCGUACGGCAUCCUCAAGGGGCAGCGCAAGAAGUACAUUGGCAAGGAGUACGAGGAGACGGCGAUCAAGGCCGUCAGGGCGGUGCUGGAGAACAUCAGCCCCGAGGGCGAGCUGCUGAACACGUCGUUCGGCACGGGAAUGGGGCACGAUCUGCAGCAUUACAAGGACAUCCCGCGGACGAGUAUGCCGUACGGCCAGGCCAUGGCCAUGAUGGCGCUGGUCGAGUUCUUGCGGGUCUACUAUUGA